AUGGUCCUGGUUUUUCAAAUCAGUUUCCAUAUAGACAAAGAACUGAAUUGUGUUGAGAUGUUUCUUUUGCUGCUGUUGUUGCGAGAGUUUAAGCACUUCCCUCACAUCACUGGACUACACAGUGUGAUUGUCUUCAUUAAUGAGUCUAUCAACGACUUUCCUGUCGUUUCUUACAUGAAGCUGUUGGGAAUUACACUUAUAUUAGCAUAUUUAUUCAUAUAUUCUUUUGUGUCUGACUUUCAUUUCUCCUGUGUGAUGCGGAACAGGAGUUUAUUUUCCCUUUUCCACAUAUACAUACUCACAAGUAUAUACAUAUAUAAAUGCGUACGUUUGUUUCUAAAAUGCCCCAUCUUUACAGUAUGCUUUUCUUAA